AUGUGGACACCGAGCCGUGCGAAGCCAGCUUCUCACCGUACUCAUUCCAUUCAUUCCAUUGCCCGACCCGUAUCCAUGAUUUCUCCUCGUCAGCAGCCGCAGCAGUCGCAGGGCUACGACGAUGACGACCUGUCCGACAUGGGCUCCGAUGACGAGCAGUUCCCCAGCAGAGUCAGCAACACAGCACCGUUGACGUGGAACAGGCCCCAGGCAGGGUCUCCGGCCAACCUAAUGGCGCAGAAGAUGCAGAGCCAGGCUGCACCACUGCCCCAAGUGGCAGCCAUUCAUUACCAGAACCAGCAAAACCUGCAACAACGGCCUGUAGACGAUGAUGCUUCAUCGCGAUCCUCCACGCUGGACGGCGGGGCCGACGACGACUCUUACCCUACCAAGACGCCUGUGCAAACGGUCAUCAAGAUGAGCCUGACAGGCACGGAGCCGGCAUCUCCUGCUCCUGCACCGCACAUUCCCGGUCCUCUAGAGUCGCAGCUCGCCGCCUUGAUGUCCAAGCUCAUUCAAAUUGAGCAGUCAAACCCCGCGGCAUCCGUCACGCCCGAGGAGUUUUCAGAGAUGAAGAACCGACUAAAGGCCCUGGAAGACGAGAAGAAGGUAUGGUGGAAGCGCCACGAGGCCAUCUGGGCUCUGCGAGACGAAGACGUCGAAAACAACAUCAAGAUUCGGGGAAUGCUGGCAGCCGCCCGCCGCGAACUCGACGCCACCAAGAAGCUGCGCGACGAGGAUCUGCAAAACGUCCAGAUUGUGCGCUUCAAGCUGGCGGAAAAGACAAGAGAGCUGGACCGAGUCCAGGCACAGACGGGGCGCAGCAGCCCCAGCCGAACACGCAUAUCCAGCUUCAUCGAGAGGCGCGACACUACCGACCUAUUUACUGCGGCCAAGGUGGCAGCGCUGGAGCAGCGCGCCCUCGAGCUGGAGAGGAGAAACUCGGAUCUCAUGGAGCAGCUGGGGUCGCAGAACACCAGCCUCGACGACUUGAACCGAACGACAGCCCAUCAAGCGUGGAGAGCCACCGUUGCCGACCUAGAAGCCAAGCUCCAGGCCAAGGACGCAGAGAUCCAGCGGCUGCGGUCGAGUGCUGGCGAUGCCCCUGCUGGCGGAGUCCAGAUGGACUGGUACAGGAUCGAGGCUCUGCUGGAGGAGCAUGCCAGCUACCGCGAGGGCAUAGGAGGCAAGCUGCAGGCUCUCCGGUCCGAGAAGGAGAUUCUGAUGAGAGAUCUGCACCGCAAGGAGAACGAGUGUCAAGGCCUGGAGCUCAAGGUGCAGAUGCUGCAACGCCGGGCAAACGUAGUAUAAUGAAGUAAGGUGUGUGUGGCUACGCACGCCUGGUGUUUUAUAUAUUCGUGUGGAGAGGGCGAGGUGUUUUUUUUUUCUUUCUUUUCGUAGUAGCCACUUGUGUAGCAGUUGGAUAGGGCC